CGCUGCUGCCGCCGCCGCCGCCACCGGAGGGGCGCGCGCGGGAUCGUGAGGGCGGCGGGAGCUGAGCAGGAUAAAUCAGGAAUCCCCGCCCGCUCACCAUGGGCUCCACCGUGUGGGAAUGUGGCUGAAAUUUCAAUUUUUCUUUCAUCACCGAGAGUGGGAAAAAAAAAAAAAAAAAAGGAAAAUUCCUUCAGGACCCUGAGGAUGUCGGAGACAGAAAAUUUUGAAAUUUGGAGGAACCACAAGCGAAGGCAAAGGUGAGAAAUGAGAUUUCGGAAGGAAAUUUUGGAAUUUUUGAGGAUGCGAAGGUUCUGCAAGCAGAGCCAGUGUGAAAAAUGAGAUUUUGGAAGGAAAUUUUGGAAUUUUUGAGGAUCUGGAAGAUGCCGCAAGCAAAGCCAAUGUGAAAAAUGAGAUUUGGAAGGAAAUUUUGGAGUUUUUAAGGAGGUGGAAGAUGCCCCGAGCAAAGGCGACGUGAGAAACGGGAUUUUGGCAGGAAAUAUCAGAAUUUUUACGGAUGUGGAAGAUGCCACAGGCAGGGCCGAUGUGAACAAUGAGAUUUGGAAGGAAAUUUUGGAAUUUCUGAGGAGGUGGAAGAUGCCCCAAGCAAAGCCCAUGUGAAAAAUGAGAUUUGGACAGAAAUAUCAGAAUUUCUGAGGAUGACGAAGAUGCCACAAGCAGAGCCAGUGUGACAAUUGAAAUUUGGACAGAAAUAUCAGAAUUUCUGAGGACGAGGAAGAUGCCACAAGCAGAGCCAGUGUGAAAAUUGAAAUUUGGACAGAAAUCUCAGAAUUUCUGAGGAUGACGAAGAUGCCACAAACAAAGCCCAUGUGAAAAAUGAGAUUUGGACAGAAAUUUUGGAAUUUCUGAGGAUGAGGAAAAUGCCACAAGCAGAGCCAGUGUGAAAAUUGAAAUUUGGACAGAAAUCUCAGAAUUUCUGAGGAGGUGGAAGAUGCCACGAGCAGAGCCAGUGUGACAAUUGCAAUUUUGGCAGGAAACGUUGGGGUUUGUGAGGAUGAGGAGGAUGUUUCGGGGGGUGAGGAUGGCCCUGGCGUGGCUGCUGCCCGCCCUGUGGCUUUUGGGGUGCCAGCUGCCCCCCGGCGCCGGGCACAGCCUCUUCUCCUGCGAGCCCAUCGCGCUCCGCAUGUGCCAGGACCUGCCCUACAACUCCACCUUCAUGCCCAACCUGCUCAACCACUACGACCAGCACACGGCGGCGCUGGCCAUGGAGCCGUUCCACCCCAUGGUGAACCUGGAGUGCUCGCGGGAUUUCCGGCCGUUCCUGUGCGCGCUGUACGCGCCGGUGUGCAUGGAGUACGGGCGGGUGACGCUGCCCUGCCGCCGCCUGUGCCAGCGCGCCCACAGCGAGUGCUCCAAGCUCAUGGAGAUGUUCGGCGUCUCCUGGCCCGAGGAUAUGGAGUGCACCAGGUUCCCGGACUGCGACGAGCCCUACCCUCGCCUGGUUGACCUCAACCUGGCGGGCGAGCCCACGGAGGAGGCGCCGAUGGCCGUGCAGAGGGAUUACGGCUUCUGGUGUCCCCGGGAGCUGAAAAUCGACCCCGAGCUGGGCUACUCCUUCCUCAGGGUGCGGGACUGCUCCCCUCCCUGCCCCAACAUGUACUUCCGCCGCGAGGAGCUCUCCUUCGCCCGCUACUUCAUCGGCGUCAUCUCCAUCGUCUGCCUCUCGGCCACCCUGUUCACCUUCCUCACCUUCCUCAUCGACGUCACGCGCUUCCGCUACCCGGAGCGCCCCAUCAUCUUCUACGCCGUCUGCUACAUGAUGGUGUCCCUCAUCUUCUUCAUCGGCUUCCUGCUGGAGGACCGCGUGGCCUGCAACGCCUCCAGCCCCUCGCAGUACAAGGCCUCCACGGUGACGCAGGGCUCGCACAACAAGGCCUGCACCAUGCUCUUCAUGGUGCUCUACUUCUUCACCAUGGCCGGCAGCGUCUGGUGGGUCAUCCUCACCAUCACCUGGUUCCUGGCCGCCGUGCCCAAGUGGGGCAGCGAGGCCAUCGAGAAGAAGGCGCUGCUGUUCCACGCCAGCGCCUGGGGCAUCCCGGGCACGCUCACCGUCGUCCUGCUGGCCAUGAACAAGAUCGAGGGCGACAACAUCAGCGGCGUGUGCUUCGUGGGGCUCUACGACGUGGACGCGCUGCGCUACUUCGUGCUGGCGCCCCUGUGCCUCUACGUGGUGGUGGGGGUGUCCCUGCUGCUGGCCGGGAUCAUCUCCCUCAACCGCGUGCGCAUCGAGAUCCCGCUGGAGAAGGAGAACCAGGACAAGCUGGUCAAGUUCAUGAUCCGCAUCGGCGUCUUCAGCGUGCUCUACCUCGUGCCCCUGCUGGUGGUCAUCGGCUGCUACUUCUACGAGCAGGCCUACCGGGGCGUGUGGGAGACCACGUGGAUCCAGGAGCGCUGCCGCGAGUACCACAUCCCCUGCCCCUUCCAGGUCACCCAGAUGAGCCGUCCCGACCUGAUUCUGUUCCUCAUGAAGUACCUGAUGGCCUUGGUGGUCGGCAUCCCCUCGGUGUUCUGGGUUGGGAGCAAGAAGACCUGCUUUGAGUGGGCCAGCUUCUUCCACGGGCGCAGGAAAAAGGAGGUCGUCAACGAGAGCCGCCAGGUGCUGCAGGAGCCGGACUUCGCGCAGUCGCUGCUGCGGGACCCCAACACGCCCAUCAUCCGCAAGUCGCGGGGCACCUCCACGCAGGGCACCUCCACGCACGCCUCGUCCACGCAGCUGGCCGUGCUGGACGAGCAGAGGAGCAAGGCCGGCAGCGUGCACAGCAAAGUCAGCAGCUACCACGGCAGCCUGCACCGCUCGCGGGAUGGACGGUACACUCCCUGCAGCUACAGGGGCGUGGAGGAGCGGCUCCCUCACGGCAGCAUGUCGCGGCUCACCGACCACUCGCGGCACAGCAGCUGCCACCGGCUCAACGAGCAGUCGCGGCACAGCAGCGUCAGGGACCUCAGCAGCAACCCCAUGACACACAUCACGCACGGCACCAGCAUGAACCGCGUCAUCGAGGAGGACGGCACCAGCGCCUGACCUUCCUCGGCCCGGAGUCAGCCUCAGCCUCAGCCGGGCUCGGGACUUGAACCGCUGAGUGUAAAGCUGGUUGCGUGCUCUGAACCUCUCUGGAGGUAAUUAUUUAUUUGAGAACUGUUCCUCGUCGGACACGACUGCUGAAUUUCUGGUUCGCUGUGGAAAAACAUUCUCCCCCCUUCCUCCUCUGUCCCCCUCCCUGUGUCCCUCCUUCCGUGGGCUCGGCCCCCAGCUCUCGGUGUCGGUGUGGGGCGGUGCUGGGAGUUGUUCUGAUGAGACUUGAGGGAACCUGUGAUGGUUGAAGGAAUCCCUCCCUCCGUGCACCUCCCUGCAGGGGACAUUCCUGCCAGCUGGUGACCCUGGAAACGCCGCCCGAGUGAAAGGAAGCUCCUCCGAGGAUCACCAGGCUCGGUUUUCCACAGGGUGGAGGGAAGAGAGAGGCAGGGAAGAGUGAUUUUUUUUAUAACUUGUACCGUCCUUGCUUUUUUACAAAAGACUAUUUAAAUUUUCUACUGGUUUACAAUUUCUGUAGGAAGAGAUGGGUUUUAAAAGCAGUUAUCUAGAUAAUAUUCAGCCAUUUAUUUUUUAGAGUCAUGUACAAAAGCUGAGAUUGCCUGUUCCUAAUCUAUUUAAAAAAGAAAUUAUCACAGGAAUGCUGAAUUUGUGCCCCAAGCAGGAAUGUAGA